AGCAGAGCUGCCGGUGCCUCCAGAAAACAUCUCCGGAUGGCUGCCCAAGGCUGACAGAGGCGAGGCACCAAGACAAGAAGCCCCAGGUGCAGACUCCCACUCAGUCACCAGUUUACGUCUUGCCUCCUGACCUGGUCCUCCUGCAGAAGUGACCCUGUGACCCUCCCUGGAACAAGACCCUGAUCCCUCCUGCUACCUUUUUCUAUGACUCUGUCUGGAUUUGGCUGGCUGUGGGGACAAGCUCUGAGGGGGUACCUGGGUUUCAGUAGGACAGCAGCCAGCUCUCUGACUAUCAUGAUGAAUGCUGGAAACUGAGGGAACAGGCUCUGCGGCAUCAGUAGGAGCACUCAGCACUGCUCACCAUCUCUGCUGCUAAAGGACGUGAUGGAGAACAAAGCCAUGUACCUGCACACCGUGAGUGACCGGGACACCGGCUCCAUCUUUGAGGAGCCCUUUGAUGGCAGGAGCCUGUCCAAGCUGAACCUAUGCGAAGAUGGUCCAUGCCACAAACGGCGGGCAGGUGGCUGCUGUACCCAGUUGGGCUCCUUGUCAGCCCUGAAGCAUGCUGUUCUGGGGCUCUACCUGCUGGUUUUCCUGAUUCUCGUGGGCAUCUUCAUCUUAGCAGUGUCCAGGCCCCGCAGCAACCCUGAUGACCUGAAGGCGCUGACUCGAAACGUGAACCGGCUGAAUGAGAGCUUCCGGGACUUGCAGCUGCGGCUGCUGCAGGCUCCACUGCAGCCGGACCUGACGGAGCAGGUGUGGAAGGUGCAGGAUGCGCUGCAGAACCAGUCGGACUCGCUGCAGGCGCUGGCGGGCCUGGUGCAGCGCCUGGAGGGCGCGCUCUGGGGACUGCACGCGCAGGCAGCGCAGACCGAGCAGGCGGUGGCCCUGCUGCGUGACCGCACCGGCCAGCAGAGCGACGCGGCGCAGCUGGAGCUGUACCAGCUGCAGGUGGAGAGCAACCGCAGCCAGCUGCUGCUGCAGCGCCACGCGGGCCUGCUGGACGGGCUGGCGCGCAGGGUGGGUGUCCUGGGCGACGAGCUGGGGGACCUGGGUGGCGCGCUGCGUGGCCUCAAUCACAGCCUGUCCUACGACAUGGCCCUCCACCGCACGCGGCUGCAGGACCUGCAGGUGCUGGUGAGCAACGCCAGCGAGGACACGCGCCGCAUGCGGCUGCUGCACAUGGACGUGGAGCUGCAACUCAAGCAGGAGCUGGCCAUGCUCAACGUGGUGACCGAGGAUCUGCGCCUCAAGGACUGGGAGCACUCCAUCGCCCUGAGGAACAUCUCCCUCGCCAAAGGGCCACCGGGACCCAAAGGUGAUCAGGGGAAUGAAGGGAAAGAAGGCAAGCCUGGCGUCCCUGGACUACCUGGGCUUCGAGGUUUCCCAGGGGAAAGAGGUACCCCAGGACUGCCUGGCCCAAAGGGUGAUGAUGGGAAGCUUGGAGCCACAGGCCCAAUGGGUAUGCGUGGGUUCAAAGGUGACAGAGGCCCAAAAGGAGAGAAAGGAGAGCGAGGAGACAGAGCCGGGGAUGCCAGUGGCAUGGACUUCGCGAUGAUCCGUCUGAUGAACGGCUCGGGCCUGCAUGAGGGCCGGGUGGAGGUGUACCACGACCGGCGCUGGGGCACAGUGUGUGACGACGGCUGGGACAAGAAGGAUGGGGACGUGGUAUGCCGCAUGCUAGGCUUCCGCAGUGCAGAGGAGGUGCACCGAACGGCCCGCUUUGGACAAGGCACCGGAAGAAUUUGGAUGGAUGAUGUCGCCUGCAAGGGCACUGAGGACACCAUUUUCCACUGCAGCUUCUCCAAAUGGGGAGUGACAAACUGUGGACAUGCUGAGGAUGCUGGAGUGACAUGCAGUAGACACUAAAAGUGCUCCUAGCCCAAGGUCAGGGCCCUAUCGCCAAGCCUCCCUUCUGCCUUUGUGAGUUAGAGGCAUUGCUUGGGUCUACCGUGGCAAUGCCUCUGCUCUGCCCAAUCCAGUGCCCCCAGCUCCUAUCACCCUGUUCCAGGACUAUGGUGACCUAUUGUCACUCCUUCCAGACAUCUAUUCCAAAGUUCUCUAUGGGAUGUACUGCCUGACUCUCCCUUCCAGCAGGGCUCCUGUGGGGAAAGCCCUGGUCAGCUGGACCACCAGUUUGCUCUGCUGUCUGAACACCAUCCAGAGGGGUCCAGUGUCCAUGCUCCCUUCAGUCUCUUGGUUACAGAUGAUGCUGAGAUGUCAGAGACAAAUUCAGCAGUGGAGAUGGGAGGUGUUCUGCACUAUUUACUCUUCAGAUAAUUCCCAAACCUCAGUUAGACCAAAAGUUCUAUCACUUGCUUCCCCAACAAGUGGCAAUCCUGAAUGACUUGGUUUCCCCUCUUUUCCCUGUUCUACACACCAUAUGUUAGUUUGAGGAGAUGAAUAGAGGAGUGCAUAUCACCUGCAGAAACCCUGCUGGAGCUAGAGAAGGGGUGAAACUAGCCUUUAUUACAUGACUACCAUGGUGUGCUAAAUAGUAUUUGGGGUGCUAAAAAUCACUUAUUCAUUUUGUUGUGUUGCUACAAGGCAUGUCAGUCAGGGUAAGGCCCUGCCUUCAGGUGACUCACCUGAAGGCACUCACCUGGCCCAUUCACCUGGCCUCCAAGUCAAAAGAUGGAGACUGGCUAAGACCAGGCUCCCACCAGAACUUUAGCAUACCUUUGCUAGGCCUGAGCAGCAUGCUUGGGCCGGAGACCUGGUUAAUUAGGAAGCUGCAUGCUCCAAACCCUACAGCAAUUGAGUAUAGGAUGGGACACAGUGGGCUUCCAAGUCAAAUCCACACAUAGGAGAGUUGAUUUGGAGGGUGACAUGGAGGUUGUGCAUGAGUCCAGUGCUUAGUACUGGACAGUAAGGGUUAAAGGCAAGGGUCCUGUGUUCAGAGCUGUUGGGAGGGUGUGAUGUACCUUCCAGGUCUCUUCAGGUAUGACUCUGUGGUCAGGCAUGCAUAGUCCUGAUGGGUCCUAAAGGGUAGAAGGAAGUGAGGAUUCCCUAUAACCUCCUGGGGAAAUGACGGCAUCUGCAAGUCUAUAAUUUGUACCCCUCCUGGUGACAGGAGAUGGAUUCUGCUAUUUACACGAAGAGGAAGUUGAACUGGGUCAUGCAAAUGUUCUAAAAUUGGGGAGCUGCACAAGUCUCCCUUGCUUUGGGGGAAUCACAAACUCACAGGCCUUGGACACACAAUCACCUGUCCUGUCAGGUGAGAACUGUCUUACCUGGGGAAAGGGAAACCAGAGCCCCUCCAGGUGUAAGUCCAGCAUAGGUCCUGGCUGACCAUUAAGUCAGUAUGUGCUCUUGGUCAUUCUUUGCUUACAAUAUGCUUGUUACUCACUACUGUCCUGAUGGUCAGAGGCUGUCCUUCUGAUCAAUUGCUAUGUUUACACAAUACGAUUGUACUCAUGCGUCUUCCAGAGCGGAUACAUGUAUGCACAUAGAAACUUAGCACUCUUUAAGAUGUAGCUCAGCACAUCACAAAGCUUAUGUUUAAUAAAAAACAAAACAAAAUGCUAAAGGUGGAAAGAUGACACUUUGAAAAAACUUCCCAACUCGGUUCUGGCACUGAAGCCAGUCACCCACAAAUGAAGACCCAUGUAAUUUUCUUACUUGGUCUUUUCAUUUGGUAAAACGUAAGUCUUGCUUUAUGUCAAAUAAAGAGAAUGUUGAAAAGUGUUUGAACCUUAAAAAUAAAAGUCGACUAGUUUACAUACUUACCUAAGAGGACAUGGAGGUGACCAUGGACCUGUCUUUCAGGGACUAAAGAAAAUUAGGCCUGGCCUAAAAUAC